AAAGGAACUGGUCUGCGUUCAUAUACAGAUCGAGGACUUUUAUUUUGGAAAGAGACAGGAACCGGACAAGGGUCUUUGUUUAGUAUUUCCGCCCUGUUUCUCAUCUUGCUCUCAUUUUCAAAAUCAAACAAGCUUUUGCUAAACACAAGCAUGGACGCACGACCAAAUCCUAACAAGAAGGGCAGGGCCGGGAAGAAAAGGCAGCAACUCUACAAUGGUGACAUAGUCUUCACCUCCAAGAAUGGCUCCAUCCAGACCAUACCCAGCCUGAACAAACGGCUCAAAUCAGUCACAGACACUGUUAUUGGUCUGCAGUACAUAUGGGAGUAUCGAAGCCCAUCUAAGUCAGCUCCUCCUCAUUACCAGUGUAAACUGUGUGUAGUUCAGCAGCUGCAGAAUGAAAUAGCUGCUCACAUCACCGGCUGGAAGCACAGCUUCAGAUACAUGAAGCAGAACCACAAAGACAAGGUUCCUCAUGAGGAAGAAGAUGCACUUAAAGAUCCAACCAUCAGGAAAGCCAUUAAAGCUGCUGCUGCUGAAGUUGAAAAAGCUGAAGGAAGAGGUCAAAUUAAGAUGGUGCUAAAGGAGCCAUGUGAGGUUAUGGCGUUUCAGGGCAUGAAGUCCGCACAACCCAAUCUAGGGUUUACAGGAACUGGUAUUCUUGGGCCUCCCCCCAGAGGGUUGAAACAAGGUGGUCCAUAUGGAGGUCCCUUUCAAGAUCCCAUGUACAUGGGGGAUUUUCCACCUCGGGGUGGAAUGAUGUCCGAUUUCCCCCCUGGCAUGCGUGGUGGUAUGGACGAUCCCCCUAUGAGGAGAGGUUAUUCAGAUAUGGAAGACUUCACUAGCCCGGGUCGCUAUGGUAACGGCAUGUCUGGACCAGACAGGGGGAUGAUGGAACCGGAGGACAUGCAUCGUUUCCCUGACGAUGGACCCAUGGGUAUGGGCCCUGAUGGUUUUGGGCUGGGCCAGCGUAAUGAUGGUAUGGGCAGACCUUUCCCUAACGACAUGUCUAUGAACAGCAGCGGAGACAGAUUGAUGGGACAUGGCCCUAAAGGCCCAGAGAACAAUAGCCUCCCUGCAACAUUGCUCAAAUAUCUGGACUCUUUUCGUAUUGAGAACGAGGACGAUGCUCAGAUUGUCUUAAAGGUCACACAGAAGCUCACAGAUGUUCUGAUGGAGUACCGCCUCAGAAGUAUUUCAUCGGUGCCCAGCCUGAAGCCCCUGCCCUCCAUGAAUUACUCAUCCUCAUGUCUUCCAAACAGUUCUAAUGACAGAUUCCCCAGCGGCAUGCAAGGUCCAUCAAGAUUCUACAAAUGAACAUUCAUCUGAUGGAUGUAAUCAAGACCUGGAUGCAGCCUGCUUUGCCUGUUUUUUUUUUUGUUUUUUUUUUUAAACAUGGCUUUCUUGACUUUGUUCAUGACCAAACACAUUUUUUUCGUGACCUCUAGGCUGUUUUGUUUUUACAGUGUAUACAUAGGUAGAUUUAUUUUAAAUGUUUCAUUUUUCUCUUCCUUUCUCGCUCCGACAUAAUGGAAACAUAUUUGUGUGCAGUUUUUUUGUUGUAGCAACAAUUUUAGUGUUUAAACUGAAUUUAAGUGAAGUCAGUGAAAUCUUCAAACAAUGUGAUAUCUCUAAAGGUCUGUUGCCAUAAUUGUAAAAUAAAUUCAUAGUUCCUUAAAGAA